GUCAACUGUCACUAGUGUCAUUACAAUUUCAGAGAAAUGGCUGCCGCGAUGAUAAAUACAGUGUUAAAAAAAUCCAUAGAUUUACUACCAGCAAAGGUAUUGCUGCGAAACGGCGCCGUUUUACUACACACCAGCCCACCGAACCAGCACAAAUGGUACCCGGACUCCGAAUGGAUGGCGCAAUUCAACGGCCCCGUCAUGUACCCCACGGAGGAGAUAAAAAGCUGGGCCAUGCAACCGUGGAGCGGCAAAAAGGCGCCCAUCGAGAAAACCGUCAAGAACAUCACCCUGAACUUCGGGCCCCAACAUCCCGCCGCCCACGGCGUGCUACGAUUGGUGCUCGAACUCGACGGAGAAAUAGUGAAAAGAUCCGAUCCGCACAUUGGAUUACUCCAUCGAGGCACCGAGAAGUUGAUCGAAUACAAAACCUACACGCAAGCUUUACCCUACUUCGAUCGAUUAGAUUACGUAUCGAUGAUGUGCAACGAACAGUGCUUCAGUCUCGCUAUAGAGAAAUUAUUGAACAUAGACGUCCCGAUUAGAGCCAAGUACAUAAGAGUGCUCUUCGCCGAAUUAACGAGAAUACUGAACCACAUCAUGGGCAUCGGUACGCACGCCCUCGACGUGGGGGCGCUCACGCCGUUCUUCUGGCUGUUCGAAGAGCGCGAGAAGGUCAUGGAGUUCUACGAGCGAGUGUCGGGCGCUCGAAUGCACGCCGCCUACGUUCGACCCGGAGGAGUUUCUCUGGAUCUUCCGCUAGGCCUGCUGGACGAUAUAUACGAAUUCGCUUCGAAGUUCAACGAACGAUUAGACGAAGUCGAAGACGUAUUGACCGAUAACAGAAUAUGGGUGCAAAGGACGAAGGAUAUCGGCGUGGUAUCCGCCGAGGAUGCUUUGAAUUACGGCUUCAGCGGUGUAAUGUUGAGAGGUUCUGGCAUCAAAUGGGACCUGCGGAAGACCCAACCGUACGACGCCUACGAUCUGGUGGAUUUCGAUGUGCCCAUCGGAGUGAACGGAGAUUGCUACGAUAGAUACUUGUGCCGUUUGGAGGAGAUGCGGCAAUCGUUGAAGAUCAUCGAUCAGUGUUUGAAUCAGAUGCCUCCCGGCGAGAUUAAGACCGACGACGCGAAACUGACGCCCCCCAGUCGGGCGGAGAUGAAAACUUCGAUGGAGGCUUUGAUACAUCAUUUCAAGUUGUUCACGCAGGGCUUCCAGGUACCUCCCGGCGUUACUUACACGGCCAUCGAGGCGCCCAAAGGAGAGUUUGGGGUUUAUUUGGUGUCCGAUGGGGGUUCGAAGCCCUACAGGUGUAAGAUCAAGGCGCCCGGGUUCGCCCAUUUGGCCGCUUUGGAUAAGAUCGGUAAGAAUCAUUUUUUGGCCGAUAUCGUUGCCAUUAUAGGUACGUUGGAUGUUGUAUUUGGGGAAAUUGAUAGAUAAGGUUAUUGUUCGUAUUUUUAAGUGUAAAUAAAUUAUUGAAAUUGUU